AUGUCUGCUGAGAAGAGAAAGAGGCAACUCCUUGAACUUGAAGAGAUGCGGCUUCAUGCUUAUGAUUCCUCCAAGAGUUACAAGGAGAAGGUCAAAUUCUACCAUGACAAGAAGCUGGUGAAGAAAAUCUUCCAUCCUGGUCAACAAGUCUCACUAUUCAACUCCCGCUUCAAACUCUUUGCGGACAAAUUGAAGUCCAAGUGGUCGGGUCCGUUUACUAUUAAAGAUGUCAAACAAUAUGGAGCAAUUGAGUUGAUAGAUCCUUCCUCUGAUGACCCACACAGAAGCUGGGUAGUUAAUGGUCAAAGGCUCAAACACUACUUGGGUGGUGAGGUUGAUCGCCUCAACACAAGUGUUGAGUUAAUUGGCCCUUGA